AUGACCACCCCCGCCACCACCACCACCACCUCCAUCACCCCCACCUCCGACGGCGACCUCGGCUGGCUCACGAGCCGCGCGCACAACGACAUCAUCUACGAGGCCUUCAUGCACACCGUUGAGGCCCUCUCCCGCCUGCGCCCCAACGUGGUCCAGGAACUCAUGGGCACCGUCACGUCCGGCCCCCACGACCGCGAGCACAUCCGCACAGCCAUCAUGAGUGUUUACCUCUCGCGCGACCCGCGCACGCAGGAGGCGAUUUUUGCCGGGUGCGUCAAGUACUACAGCCUCCUGAGGGCUGCGCGCUUCCCGCCCGGUCUGCGCUUCCUGUGGUUCCGCGCCCUCUUCGCGGUGUUUGUCUGGAACAGAAUCGACUACGCUAUGGACAUUCCCCUCGACCUCGACAACCCGAUCAUCGCGCGCGCGUUCAUCAUGCCCUUCUUCCGCGCCUUCCGCGCGGCGGCGCAAACAGCGUCUCGGCGGGACGACAAGCGACGACUUGAAGUGGCGGCGUCGAGUCGAGUUUCACAAGUGGCAUCCAUUUCAUCCGUACUGUGCUUGCCUGGGAGUCUUGUGGCCCUCUACAUUCCUAGUUUCACAUGCAAGCUGUGUAUCAAACGCUUCCUGCCCCGCAAGCUCAAGCGCACUACCUCGCUGUACGAGGAGCCUGUCCACCGUCUGCCCUACGACACGCUCUUUGACCGCGAGCACGCCUUCCGCUACUCCUGCCACCGCAAGUUCAUCCCCAACAGCCUCGCGGCGCUCGACCUGGCCGGCACGGACGGGCUCGACGCCGACGCGCACGCGGUGCGCGAGGGCAUCGUCGAGAUCUCGGAGCAGCUGUCCGACGUCAACCCGUACACGCAGCUCCGUAUCGGCCGCCGCCGCCUCCGCCAGAUGACGGUGGACGACCUCACCGCCGCCGUCGUCGCCUUCUUCUCGUCCCACCUCCCCAAGGUCGAGGAGGCCAAGUACCAAGGCUGGGCACGUUACCGCCACUGCAUGAUUGCCUCCGCCGCGAGGGCGUCAAGACGCCCUACGAGCCAAGACCGACGGGAACGCAACGUGCACUACCAUUCCAUGCGCUCAUAUGCGAGUAUCAUCAUCAUCAUGCCAGAGGGUUCCUCCAUUCAUCGGUCAGCGUCCGUUUAG